UGUUUAGCAUUGAUUGUGGUGUGUAUUUGUGGGACAAUAUGUGCCCAAUCGGCUCUACAGACAAACUACGAGUACUACACCGCCGGUGGCAUAAAGUCGGGACUGAAGGCCGACACACAGGACUUUAUACUCAACGGCAAAAAGAUAAGCCUAUUUAGCGGUUCAUUGCAUUACUUUCGGUUACCGCAAGAGUACUGGAAGGACAGGCUAUUGAAGUUCAGAGCCGCCGGACUCAACGCAGUGCAGACAUACAGCCCAUGGAAUCUACACGAAGAGACUCCUGGCCACUGGGACUUCGAGACCGGUGUCCUAAACCUGAGAGCGUUUUUGGAUGCAGUCAAAGAGGCCGACAUGUUUGUCAUGUAUCGGAUCGGGCCGUAUAUGUGCGGUGAGUGGGAUCUGGGCGGCUACCCGUCGUGGCUGCUCCGGGACCCCCAUAUGAGACUCCGGUCCAACUAUAAGCCACAUUUGGAGGCGACGGAAACGUUCUACAAGAAGGUGUUGGCCAUCAUUGAUGAAUACCAGUUCACUAAAGGCGGACCCGUAAUAGCGAUGCAGUUUGAGAACGAGUUCGGAGGCAUUCACAGCGCCAACGAUAAGGAGUACUUCCAGUUCAUGAAGAAUACCAUUGAGUCCAACGGUUUCAAAGAGUUGCUCACAAAUUGCGACUCCUUUGGCACAGCGGCCGACUCCGUGAAGCUCGGCUUUAAAGAUGUUUUAGAGACCGACAACUUUAAUACCGAUUCCCUAAAACUGUUGACCGCGUUGCGUAAGGCGCAGCCCAAUAAGCCCCUGUAUGUGUCGGAGUUUUGGCCAGGGUGGUACGAUUCCUGGGGCGAAAAACAACACCACGUUUACGACGUGAACAAGUUUGAGAAGGAGGUGACGGAUGUCUUAUUCAACGCCAACUCAUCCAUCAAUUUCUACAUGUUUUUUGGCGGCACUAACUUUGGGUUCAUGAAUGGCGAUACUGUGGUCACCAGUUAUGAUUACGACGCCCCUAUAUCUGAGUCCGGCAAUUAUACGCCAAAGUAUUGGAAAACAAAGGAAUUAAUAGAAAAGUUUGUUAAAGAAAGAGGUUUACCACAACUAUUGAUACCCAAACCCCCGGCGGUUCCCAAAGCCAAGGCUUACGGAAUCCAAUUUCAGCAACUGAUAGACAGAGACCUCCUGCACAACUCGCUCACAAACUUACAGAAAUUCAAACACUUGAAAAUAACCGGAGGCGCCUCCGAUCGGGCGGUUGUGCUCAUAGACCACAAUCCGGUGGGACUCGUGGACAGCACUAAAGACUACGAACUGGACGUAAAUGACUCUCAAUUUGCAAACACAACGACUCAUACGUUGGAUAUUAUUGUGGAAAACACGGGUCGAGCGAAGAUUGGGGGAGGAAUUAAUACGGCCCGCAAAGGUCUAAACGGAGACGUGACUAUCGACGGGAAAAUAGAGUCACAUUUUGAGACAUUUCCCAUUGAAUUGAAACAACAAUUUGUACAACAAAUGCAAGAAUUAAAGGGAAAGCCAUUCGUUGAGGGCAUCAAAAGUCCAUCACUUUAUAGGUUAUCAUUGGAUAUAAAGGAGAGUCCGAGCGAUACGUUUGUCCGAUUGGACGGCUGGACGAAAGGCAAUGUGUUUGUCAAUGGCUUCAAUGCGGGCCGUUAUUACUNCUUUAUAGGCAAUGUGUUUGUCAAUGGCUUCAAUGCGGGCCGUUAUUACUCAGUCGGUCCGCAACACACUCUGUAUAUACCGGCGCCGCUCUUGAAGUCAGGCCUAAACCAUAUCUCAGUGUUUGAAUUGCAUUCACCCAAAGAUGUCAUUCAAUUCACUGACACUCCAGACUUGGGACCGGUUUAA